CUUUAAAGUUAGUGCUAGCCUUAACAACAUAAAAAAAGUGUGCAAUGUCUCCUCCUUCAUCAUCAGAUAAAAAGCAAUCUGGUCUUGCCAGAGUUUUAGGUUCAGCAUCUGCUGGUAUUUGUGAAAUUGCAGUUUUCCAUCCAGUUGAUACUAUUUCUAAAAGAUUAAUGUCUAAUCAUGGUAAAGUUACUAAUUUAACUCAAUUGAAUAGUGUUAUCUUUAGAGAACAUGCUUCCAAGGCUUUAAGUAAUCGUUUAUUUACUUUAUUCCCUGGUUUAGGUUAUGCUGCUGUUUAUAAGAUUUUACAAAGAGUUUAUAAAUAUGGUGGUCAACCAUUUGCUAAUGAAUUUUUAACUUCAAAUUUUAAGGAUACUUAUUAUUCAUGGUUUGGAGCUAAGACUGGUAAAGCUUUAUUAUCUGCCACUGCUGGUUCAUUAAUUGGUAUUGGUGAAGUUGUCUUAUUACCUUUAGAUGUUUUAAAGAUUAAACGUCAAACAAACCCAGAAGCCUUUAGAGGUAGAGGUUUCCUUAAAAUUAUUGCUGAUGAAGGUUUUGGUUUAUAUAGAGGUUGGGGUUGGACUGCUGCUAGAAAUGCUCCUGGUUCUUUCGCUUUAUUUGGUGGUAACUCUUUUGCUAAGGAAUAUAUUUUUGGUUUAACUGAUUAUUCUUCUGCCACUUGGAGUCAAAAUUUUGUCACUUCAAUUGUUGGUGCUUCCGCUUCUUUGAUUGUUUCUGCUCCAUUAGAUGUUAUUAAGACUAGAAUCCAAAAUAGAAACUUUGACAAUCCAGAAUCCGGUUUUACUAUUUUAAAGAAUAUGGCUGCAAAAGAAGGUCUUACAUCAUUUUUCAAAGGUUUAACACCAAAAUUAUUAACUACUGGACCUAAAUUAGUAUUCUCCUUUGCUUUAGCUCAAUCAUUAAUCCCAGCUUUCGAUAAAUAUAUCAAGUAAUUGCUCAAUUUAGAUACACUAUAGAUCUAUUUAUUUUUAGUUCUUGAUUAUUGAUUAUUAAUUUUCUUAAUUUCCGAUGUGUCUCAUAUAUUAGUUUUAGUUCAAUGUACAUAGAUUACAAAUAUAAUACGUUUUAUAUAUAUUAUUUAUCCAAACCCCAUAGUAGUACUGUCAUACAGAAAGGGAAAAAAAAAUCAUACCCCGUUGUAGUUAACUAAUAAACAGUCCUGCAUACACAGCAAUAAAUCUCACUCUAUAAUUGAUCUAAGAAAUAACAAAAUGAUCAUUACAUUUAAACGUGGGAU